AUGGAUACUCCCACAAGUGAACAGGCGUCAGUGUCGGCGUCUACUGCUACUCCGACUGCAGCAGCAGCAACUCAAAAUCAGACCAGCACGAGCCCUGCUCCUGGGACAUCUACGGAUCCACCUCCUUCAGGAGAGAAAGCUUGGCUUGUGGCACAUUGGUACAACUUUGAUUCUAAGUACAUGAAGCCAUUUUUAACUAAUAGUCGUCCUUUGUUGACAGAAACCCUGCCGACAUGGUGUUUACCAAUAGCAAAGUUGCUUACAACAGAUGAGCAACUCUCAGAAGGAAUUCAUAAAGGAGAUUCUGACUCGGACACAGACAUGAUUAUUGAUCAUAGUGAGUCAUAUGGAGAAAACACCAGUACUGCAUCUGGACAUGGUGCAGACAGUAUGGAUAGAAAACCAACUUUACAGAUCAAUUUGGAAGACGAUGCUACCAGUGGGGAUCUUGGUUUAGUCUCUGGUUUCUUUUUUUCUCUCUUUGGUUGCUCACUCUCUCUCUCAUAUCACAAUCCAAUUAUUUUUCUACAUGUUGUCUUUGGUUGUCUCCCUUCCUUUUCUACCAUAUUUUUCUGUUCCUGCUACCCAUUUUCUAUAAUCAUAUUGCUCUCUCUACAAUCUUGUCUUUCUUCUCAUCACAUUUUUGCUCCCAAGCACUCUGUGCAAACUUCCGCCCAUCACUAUUUCUCAAUCUCCCCUUCCUCUUUGCUUCCCACUUUCUUCCUCCCACUCUUUCUUAUGCACUACUUUGCUCUUCCCUUUUCCUCUCCUCCUCUUCUUUACUUGCCACUUUUUUCCUCCUACUUUUCUUUGCUUCCCACUUUCUUCGUCUCUUCUUUGCUCUCCAUGUUCUACCUCUUGCACUUCUUUGCUCUCCCAUUUUCCCUCUCGCUCUUCUUUGCUUCCCACUUUUUUCCUCUCACUUUUCUUUGCUCCUCGCUCUUCUUUACUCCCCACUUUCUUCCUGUCGCUCUUCUUUGCUCCCCACUUUCUUUCUAUCGCUCUUCUUUGCUCCCCACUUUCUUGCUCUCGCUCUUCUUUGCUCCCCACUUUCUCCCUUUCAAUCUCUUAGCCCUCAUGUUCUUCUCCCCCUUUGUUCCUUUCAACUAUCGUCCUCUAUUACUGUCAUUUUCUUCUUUUUACCUAUCUUUGUCCCUGCUUACAAUUCUCUUCCUCCCACCACGUUUUUGUUCCUCUCCCUCAGUUUCCUACUCUCUUCCUUCCAUCCCAUUGUUACUAUUCUACUCUUCCCGUUACUCCAAUCAUGCUCUCUCCCUUUAUUUUCCAUUAUAG